AUGCCACAGGCCAACAAACGGUCACGACCGUUGAACUACGCCGACCUUUCGAGCCCGCAUAUCAAACGUGCAAAGUUUGCGCCGAGAGAAUCUAUCGAGUCGGAAGACGAACUCUGCAGAGACACUGCUGAUGCUCCCAGGAAGCGAACAAACUUCUCCGCCUUGUGCAGCCCAAAACGACACUUAUUUUCACGCCGUGAUAUCCCGCACACGCAGUUUACGAAUCACCCGAAAUCACACCACAUAAUGACUCUUCCCACCCUACACGCGAGCAUUCCUGACCUGAAUGUGAGGAGAGCAGUGUCAGGGAAGCAUUUCUACCUUGGGGACGACGACAAACGCGGACAGUUAAUCCUUCAGCAACAUGGUAACUCAACAACCCUUGUGCCAAAAUUCCCCGCAGACGAGAAUCCUCCACUACAAUGGAUGAGGGUCCCGCUGGACAGCAUCACUAGCAUUGAACAUGCCAUGGGCAGCAGCCAUUACGUUCGCAUGUUACGGCCGCGGGGCAACGAAUUCGAGGCAAAUCUGUGGUUGCAAUUCACAAAUCACCGAGACGUAUUUUCCCUGAUGCAAGUAGCUUCUCAUGUCAAAAUAUCCUCCUGCCCCCCUGGGGAGCUUGAAGUCAGAUGGCAAAAAGCCUUGGACUUGGCCACAACGUAUUCAGCGCAGAAUGCCAAACGGACUUCGAACAGUGGUGCCUCGAGAAUGCAAACAAGUUCAUCACAUGCCACCACGAAUCUCCCUUGGCGGACAGAUGCUCAGAAGGAAUCACCUUGCGGGUCACGACCGGGGGGCAUAAUUGCAAAAUUGAGGGAAUCCGCAUUGGUUGAACAAAGCCAGGCCACCGGCAGUACCAAAGUCAAUGACGAUGUUGUUGUUUCGCGGGCCCCUACCACCCGCCAAACCCGAAGGUCCUCGGUUGCCUGUGUUACGCGAGAACCGAGUCCCAAUCGAUGGACCGAUGAGAAUCCUGGCUGGAGGAAAAGUUGGCACAAGUCCCUCAUCUUUCCCCCCGCUGGCAAAAAUAGGGCCAUUGUUGACGAUGACGAUAUCCUGCGACUUGAUGAAGGUGAAUUUUUAAACGACAAUUUGAUAAGCUUUUAUGUGCGAUAUCUCCAGUUCAAGCUGGAAAGCGAACGACCCGAAUUGUUAAGCAAGGUGUAUAUUUUCAGCACAUUUUUCUUUGAGAAGUUGAGGUCAGUCAAGGGCAAAGUCAACUACGACGGCGUGAGGUCCUGGACGGCAAAAUUUGAUCUACUUUCGUACGACUAUAUCGUGGUCCCCGUCAACGAAAAUGCCCACUGGUAUCUGGCAAUAAUUUGCAACACACCCAAUGCUGUUAGUGGCAUGCCCAAAGAUGAUGGAAUUUCCAAGAAAGAAGAGGAAGAGAACACAACACCUCCGGGGAUCACGAUGAUCGCGCAAAACAUGUCAGAUAUCUCCAUACAUAGCGAUGAUGGUAUCUCGGCAUUUUUCGAGGAGCCGGUUGAUCUGAAGCCCCCGGCUUCUUCGACAACUCUGCAAGAGUCGUCACCACCCUCGAAAAACGCAACACCGAAUAAGUUGGCAGCGGGGCCGCAUGUCGACCCUAGGUUACCAAGAAUAGUCACACUGGAUUCUUUGGGGAGUCCACAUGCAGUUACCUGCAGAGUUUUGAAAGAAUACCUUGUGGCAGAGGCAAAGGACAAGAAGGGCGUUGAGCUGGCCAUAAUUCCCACUGGAAUGACCGCUAAAAGGAUUCCAGAGCAGAACAACUUUUGCGACUGCGGUGUCUUUAUUCUCGGUUACAUGCAAGAGUUCCUAAAAGACCCUGACGAGACUGUCCGAAGACUGUUCCAGAAGGAGCCAGUGAAUUGGGAUAUUCGCCCAUCUCUCUUGCGUAAUCAAGUGCGCGACCUGUUGUUCAAGCUACAGGAGGAGCAACAAGAGCGGCUAGAAAGUGAAAAGACCGAAAAACGGCUGCUGUCUGCAAAGAAGAAGAAACAAGUAGCUGCAGCUCGAGCAGCAGAUGAACCGGCCUCUUCUCCAACUACUGUAAGGGAAAAAUUACUACGGAGGCAGUCGGGCAGCUUGGCAACUGUUGCAGGAACACCAGUGGGAGCUGGCUCAUGUAUAGGUGAAUCCGAUGCAACCGGCUCAUUGCCUAUGACGCAGCUUUCUGUGGAUGACGAUGAAGUCAAGCUGGUUGACCUUCCCAACGACAACCCUAGCACUAGCAAUACCAGUGCAGAUGAUGUGUUUUAUUCGGCACGAACGUCGCCAAGUCGAAGUUCAGCCAACAGCGCCGACAAGGCCAAGCCGAACGAGCCGGGCACGAAACCUGCAAGCUCGUCUCACCGGACACUCGACGGUUACUUGACACGCAGGCUUACAAGCUCCUCGUGCGACGUCGAUGUUCAAAGGGCAAUUACGCCAGAGAAACAGCAGCGAGCAACCACUGAAACAGUCCAUGCCGAAGACGUCGUUCUCAUUUCCCCUAACGUGGCCACUAGACAAAAGCCCAAGCCCAAGCCACUUGAGUCGUCGCCCACAUUCGUCAAGCUGUUGCAGUCAAGUCCAGGUUCAUCGCCCAUGAGAUCGAAGGCUCGAUACGACGGCAUUGAAAGGGCGGUGGAUCUGACGUGA